CAAUUAAGAAUACCCGUAAAUCACCAAACACGCGGUGCCACCGACCGAUCGAGCCACCGACCCCCACACCCAGGAAUUUCAACCAGAAUUCCCCGGCGACAACAGCAGCGGCCGGGGCGGGCCUCCCAGAUCCCGCCGGCACCGGCACCGGCACCGGCGAUGUCGCUCAACAUGAAGACGUUCCAGCAGGCGCUGGCCAAGGCGUCGGCGGUGAUCGAGAAGACGGUCACCACCACGGUGCAGGAGGUCACGGGCCCGCGCCCGCUGCAGGACUACGAGCUGCUCGACCAGGCCGCCUCGGGCGGGCCCGGCCUCGCCUGGCGGAUCUACACCGCGCGGCCCCGCGACGCCGCCGCCUCCACGCCCUACCCCGUCGUCUCCGUCUGGGUGCUCGACAAGCGCGCGCUCUCCGAGGCAAGGGCCAGGGCCGGCCUCUCCAGGGCCGCCGAGGAGGCCUUCCUCGACCUCGCGCGCGCCGACGCCGCCAGGCUCGUGCGGCUGCGCCACCCCGGCGUGCUCCACGUCGUCCAGGCGCUCGACGAGACCAAGGCCGCCAUGGCCAUGGUCACGGAGCCGCUCUUCGCCUCCGUAUCCAACGCGCUCGGAUGCCUCGACAACGUCGGCAAGGUGCCCAAGGAGCUCAAGGGCAUGGAAAUGGGUAUACUGGAGGUUAAACAUGGAUUGCUACAAGUUGCAGAGACAUUGGAUUUUCUUCAUAACAAUGCCCAUCUUGCCCAUCGAGCUAUAUCACCUGAGACGGUCUUUAUUACUUCAAGUGGAUCUUGGAAGCUUGGGGGCUUUGGUUUUGCUCUUUCUGUUGACCAAGCCACUGGUGGUUUGGCAUCAUCACAGCAAUUCCACUAUUCGGAUUAUGAUGUUGAGGACACAGCUUUACCUCUUCAACCAUCUCUCAAUUAUACUGCACCAGAACUGGUCCGGAGUGGUGAUUCUAAACUAGGCUCUACAUGUGACAUAUUCAGUUUUGGGUGUCUGGCUUUCCACCUAGUUGCUCGUAGACAACUUCUGGACUGCCAUAACAAUGUGAAAAUGUAUAUGAAUUCCCUCACAUAUUUGACAAGUGAAGCCUUCUCUGGUAUUCCUACUGAUCUGGUGGCAGAUUUGCAAAGGAUGCUAUCAGUUGAUGCAGCAUCACGCCCUAGUGCUAUGGCGUUCACAGGCUCUUCUUUCUUCCGGCAUGAUACAAGGUUGCGCGCUCUUCGUUUCCUUGACCAUUUGCUUGAGAGAGAUAAUAUGCAGAAGUCAGAGUUUUUGAAAGCAUUAUCGGAUAUGUGGAAAGAUUUCGAUUCCCGAGUUCUUCGCUAUAAAGUUCUUCCACCUCUUUGUGCUGAACUACGCAACAUGGUUAUGCAGCCUAUGAUUUUGCCCAUGGUUCUGACUAUAGCAGAAUCACAGGAUAAAGAUGAUUUUGAGCUUUCAACAUUGCCUGCUCUUGUUCCAGUAUUUACUUCAGCAUCAGGUGAAACCCUUCUUCUGCUUGUCAAGCAUGCCGAUCUCAUUAUUAACAAGGCCUCACAUGAACAUUUGAUAUCACAUGUCCUGCCUAUGCUGGUACGGGCUUAUGAUGAUACUGAUCCCCGUCUGCAGGAAGAAGUUUUGCGACGAACAGUGCCAUUAUCUCGACAACUUGACAUGAAGCUGCUGAAACAAUCUGUACUGCCACGUGUUCAUGGAUUAGCUUUAAAAACUACAGUGGCUGCGGUGAGAGUAAAUGCCUUGCGCUGUUUAGGAGAUCUUGUUCCAUCCUUGGAUAAAGCAGGUAUAGUGGAGAUCCUGCAGACUCUUCGGCGUUGCACAGCUGUUGACCAUUCUGCACCAACCCUUAUGUGCACGCUUGGAGUUGCUAAUGCUAUUUUUAAACAGUGUGGCGUUGAGUUUGCUGCGGAGCAUGUGGUUCCUCUCGUCUUCCCAUUGCUCACAGCACAGCAACUGAAUGUACAACAAUUUGCCAAGUAUAUCCUAUUUGUCAAGGAUAUCACAAGCAAGAUUGAAGAGAAGCGUGGUGUGACAGUUACAGAAAAUGGAAGUGCAGAGGUAAAAGUAUCGCCCUCAAUGUCAAACGGGAUUCAUUCGAAACCAACUUCAGGUGGCCUGGGACAAACUGCACAAAUGCCAGCUGCAAAGAGCACUUCAUGGGAUGAAGACUGGGACCCUACUAAGAAAACCAGUGCUCCAUCACUCUCUUUUGAUUCCAGUUCUCAAACAAAGGAACCCUCAAAAGACCCUUUUGAUUUCAGUACCCAAACAAACCAGCCAUCAACACUACCGUUCGAUCUUGGUACUCAAACAAAGCGGCCGUCGACAGUCUCUCAGGUUGCCACAGCUACAAUCCCAUCUGCACAACCACUUCCACCCCUGCAAUCUCUUGCACCCAGUUCAGGACCUCAAAAUUCUGGUUCAUGUGUUCCUGUCGACAUUGAGUGGCCUCCUAGAAUGAGCACAUCAUCUGACUUUAAUGCACCAUUUUCUAUGAACAUGGAUACUAAAUCUGGAGAGCUGUCAAAUGACGGACUCAAUGAUGUCGAUCCUUUUGCCGAUUGGCCCCCCAAAACAAGCACUGCGUCCAGCAUUUCAGCAGCUGGGCGCCCGCCAAGCACAAAUCAAAGUAUCUCUGGGCUGAACACAGGGAACAUAGGGUUUGGCGGUAGCAGUAAUACGCUUGGGCAAAUGAAAACAAACCAGGUGAGCUGGUCAGCAAAACCAAACCAUAGCAAUGUAAUGGGCAUGAAUUCAACUGCCGGCUAUCUCAAUCAAGGCAACUCGUCUCUGGGAUUUGGAAAUCCAAUUGGAGGGCCGAGCUCAGGUCUCUCCAAUCCAGCUAUUCCCUAUGCAGGCCAGAGCAUGAGGCAACCACAACCUGAUUUUGGUUCACUAUCACAGUCAUCCAGUGGCACACAGGGUCCACCCAGGCUUGCCCCUCCUCCAUCUGCUGCUGUUGGAAGAGGGCGUGGUAAAAAUCAAGGACAAUCAGCACUGUCCCGAGCAUCACGGACACCCCAGUCCAAUGCUGCGCCAGGGCAACCGCCUUUUCUGGAUUUGCUGUAGCAGAUGAAGGAGUGUCUGUUGUUCCUUUGCAAAUGGCACUGUAUAGCUCACUUCGUUGAAGCCUUGUGUAUGGUGAGCAUUGUAUUUUUCUCAGACAUGAUUGCAGCGUUGAAACUUGGUUGCCUUUGUUGGUAGCCCCAAAGAAGCUGCUUCAGAGCCUUUCCGAGGUCACAGAAUGUUUUCUUGCUUAGGGUGUUUCACCACUAGGGCCGUGUUGGGGUUGAGGGCACAGGAUUAAUUUUAUUUGUGCAUAUCUUUGUCCAGGUUCGGCUGUAAUUUGUAGAGCUCAUCAAUUUUCACAUGCUUGCUAUGAUGUGAAAUUUUGAAUCCUCAGAAUGUAACAUGAGAAUUUGAUGAGCCUUUGUGAAGAGUUCUUGUACUGUCAGUACUGGCACUACCCUAUACCCUCAUGUAAUACGUUCUUAUUCCAGGAAAGGGCCUAUGCCGUGUAAUUCCCAGAUUUAGGCCCAUUUGUAACUCUUCCUGGAACAUGUGGGAGUAGUUCCACUCUUGUGAUUAUGACUGUUCAUAGUGAAUAUGCUUGUUUCGCCCUU